CCCGUAUCAGCUGCACUGACUAUACCGUCACGUAAGAAUUUCAUUUCGGAAAGCCUGUACCAACAUUCGCCCGAUGAGUACCCGAAAAAGGGAACGAAAACACAGUGCAGGAAAGGAUGAAGUGGAACUCACAUGCCUCACACUAGCAAAAACACGAAAACCGUUGUUGCUAUGUAUUUUUUAUUACUUGCCGUUCUCGGCAAACACCAACUUCUUCUACGCUUCUACGGCUCUAUAUCUACGGCGCAUCAUCGAUGUCACUUACUUCGCCAUGUUUCUCCCCCCGUGUUACUGGUGUAUUGCAUAGAUUCAGGGCGUUAGAUAAGUCACCGUCUGUAUGGAACGCUUCUCUCGACGCAAAAGGCUGUAGCAAUAAUCACCAUAAUCGCCAGCUGUGGCGAAAGGAAAUUCUCAUCGGCAGUAGAGGAAAAUGGUUUCCUCCCCUUCCUCAUCCUCCAUCACAUUUGUUUCCGCUCAUUAUUCGAACCAUUCCCACUGUGCUUCCUGUGCUCCCUUUCCGGGGGGGCACACCGUACAAUCUCCUUGUAAAUAGUUAUUAUCCAAAUUUGAGCCAAAAAAACCGCAUACCAUUCUUAUCAUUACCAAAAAAAAUGCUUCAUUCUCACCCGGCAGGCAUCUUUCUCGAGUGUCCGGGCAUCACGUUUGCGGCCCUCCGUUCGACACUGCAAGUCAUCUCGUCACCGAUCCAGUCCCUGUCCGUGUAUGACUUUGACCGUUCGGUAAAAACGCUUACGGUCGAUCUGUUCCAGGGCACCGCAUCGACCGGGAUGGGCCCAUCGGAACCGUUGGUAAGCGCUAACGUCAGCAUACGGCACCUGCAGUUCUCACACUCGAGCUUGCAGCAGCUAAAGCAGAACAGUCUGCUCCCGUUACGUUCACACCUGGAGAGCCUGAGCAUAAUCAACGGAAAGUUAACACAUGUUCCAUCAAAGGCGAUCGUAGGGCUUAAAAAGCUAAUGGUGUUGGAUCUGGACGCAAAUGAGAUCACCACACUGGAUGAUUACGCGUUCCAUGGUUUACAUCUGGUGAAGGUGAACCUUAAAAGUAAUCACAUCGAACGUGUACCAACGAACGCACUCGCCGGGCUGGAAGAAUCACUGGCAGAGCUGGAUCUGUCCGAGAACCGGUUACGUCAGUUCCCGACAUUAGCACUACGGCAGCUAGAAAACCUGCGGCUGGUGCGACUCUCCAUGAAUGAAAUCGCCUCGCUAGAGCCGGACGACAGUUACACACGGUUCGGGUCACUCUCGUUCCUGGAUCUGAGCCUUAACAAUUUUGUCGAGCUGUAUGCGGACAUUUUCGGCGCCUUUCCAUACCUGAAGACGCUCUCGCUGUACAACAAUUUCAUCGAAAUGGUACAUCGGGAUGCGUUCGUAUCGUUGCACGAGCUGCAAUCGUUGGAUCUUAGCCAUAAUCGGAUCGUGUAUCUUGAUCCGGAUGUGUUUGCCGGCAAUCGACGACUGCAUACGGUGGAUCUGAGUCGUAACCAUGUGCACUACGUGAGUGGAGUGUUUGCAAACUUGCCGGUACUGCGGGAAGUCUUCCUGAGCGAGAACAAUCUGCUCGAACUGACGGACGACUGUUUUGCAAACUCGACCGGUGUGAAGGUACUAUAUCUCGAGCAUAAUGCACUGCAGCGGCUCGACGGUGAUGCACUUGCGUCGCUCGCCAACCUAGAGCAACUCUUCCUGAGCCACAAUUUGUUGGAGAAAAUUCCGGUACGGUUCUUCGAAUCAACACCGGAGCUAACGUCCCUAGCGCUCGAUGCGAACGCACUGCUCGAGCUAGACGAGCGACUGUUUCGGCGACAGAUCAAGCUGCGGGAGUUACGCCUGAAUGGGAAUCGUUUGCGACAGAUACGUGCCGCACUGUUUGCACCCGCCACCGACUUGAUGGAGCUGCAUCUGCAGAACAACGAUCUGCGGGUAAUAGAGCGUGGAGCACUGAGAGGUUGUCCACAGCUGCAGUACGUGAAUCUUCAAGACAACGCACUGGAGGAGUUGGAUGCGGUGUUUGCCGGUGGACCACCACACUCACCAGCUCAUUCCCCACUGAUGGCGGUGACGACACACGGUAAGCUGAUCAGCACGAAAGGUGAUCCGGUACCGGAUGAGCUACAGAGCGUUAGCGAAUCGGCUCUGCUAUCAAUACAGCUCAGCGGGAAUGCACUGAAACACCUGCAUGGGCAAGCAUUUCGUGGGCAGACGAGCGUACAGAUGGUGUGGUUGGAGCACAAUCAGCUCCGCUCGCUCGAUCGACUACUCUUCGCCGAGACGGUACAUCUGGAGAAGCUGUACCUGAGGAAUAACUCACUGUUAGCUCUGGAGGCGGGCACCUUCGAUGCGCUCACGCGUCUUAAGCUGCUCGAUCUGUCGUGGAAUCGGUUGAGUGAUCUACUGCCGGAGCUGUUCCGAGGUUUGGCAGAGUUGGAGGAGUUACAUCUUGCGCACAAUAUGCUUGGAGCGCUGAGGUCUAAUGUCUUCGGUACAUUACGCGGACUGCGUACACUGGAUCUGAGCUACAACAAUCUACAAACGCUUGGUGCGGAUGCGCUGCAGCCUGGGCUGCCAGUGAGCAGUGUAAACCUGCGAGGUUGUAACCUGACGCGACUCGAACCGGGCGCAUUCCGCGGACUAUCGAAUCUGGCUGAGCUAACGCUGGAGGAGAACUACCUGCCUGCGGCUGAGCUACGCCAUCUCGAUGCUAGUCCGGUGCGUACAUUGCGUCUCGCCGCCAACAACUUCUCGCUCGUGAGAGAAGGUUUGCUGGAGCGGUUAGCAUCCCUACAGGUGCUGGAGUUGGCAAGAUGUGCUAUCGGUGAUCUACCAACGGCUCUGCUCCAACGCAACGUCAACCUCGUACGGUUGGAUUUGAGCGAAAAUGAGCUACGCGUACUCCGUCGCGGAUCGUUUGCUGGUUUGCAUGUGUUCAAAGAGCUUCGUUUACACGGGAACCGACUCGUAGACUUUCCCCAUCUGGCGCUACUAAACGUCUCAACGCUGGAGGUGUUGACGCUGUCACGAAAUCAGCUAACCGCUAUCGAUUUUUACAAGCUCAGUGGUUUGCCGAAUCUACGUACACUUGAUCUACAUGCGAACAGCAUCACCACACUGGGCGGUUUCACGGUUGAUACCCUACCCCAUCUGGAUACGCUUGACCUGAGCGGUAAUCUACUGCUAGCACUACCGGAGAACUUUUUCAAACACUCCGUCAGCCUGCAGCGUGUCGAUCUUUCGCUCAACCGGUUCGGGCGCAUACCGAACCUGGCCCUGUCCGAGGCAUCGCUUGCUCGGCUUGCCUGGCUUAACCUGACCGGCAAUCCACUGCAGCGCAUCUCAGCCGAUGGAGAUCAGCAGCGCUUUCCCCAUCUGCGCGAGCUCGUCAUCAGCCGUACGAAUCUGUCGAUCGUUACGAGUAAAGACUUUGAGCUAUAUCCGGCCGUACAGAGGCUCCAUCUGUCCCAUAACCGCAUCAAUCGUAUCUCACCCGGUGCGUUCGUUGCGCUCGCCAGCUUGCAACUGCUUGAUCUGAGCGUGAACGAGCUCGAACUGCUGCCGAAGGAGCGGCUCCAAGGAUUGCGACUUCUCGAGACGCUAAAUCUCUCCACGAACAGUAUCCGGGAGUUGGACGAGUUUGCACAGGACCUGCAGAAGCUGCGCGUAUUGGAUGCUUCCGCCAAUCAGCUGGAGCGUAUACAGAAGAACGCGCUCAGACAUUUGGGUGCGUUGCAGGAGCUGUAUCUCAACGGUAACCGGCUGGUGACGGUUGCAUCCGAUGCGUUCCGUACGUUGCGUGCCCUGACAACGCUAGAUCUGCGUAAAAACUACUUUGAGUAUGCACCGCUCCGUGCGCUAAAGCCACUCGAAACCCAUCUGCAGCAGUUGCGACUAGAAGAUAAUCCGCUCAUCUGCUCGUGCGAUACGCAGGAGCUGUGGGAGUGGCUAAGCGACCACCGGAAGUGGGCCCGCGGUUACGACAAUGUGCGGUGCGAACAGCCACCGGAGGUACAGGGCAAGCUGCUGCUGACGAUGGAACCGCAAGAGUUUUGCGACGUGCCGCUCAUCCUGAAGAUCGCCAUCCAGGACAUACAGCCGUACUCGGUGCUGGUGUCGUGGCAGAGCAGGGAACACUCCGGUCUGCACGGAUACCACAUCAUCUACCAUUCGCUGGACACGGUUGAGGAUAUACGCGGCAAAACGAUGAAUCGUUCUUCGAACUCGGCGAAACUGAAUCGAUUGUCGUCCAACACACGGUAUUUGAUCUGUGUUCUUGGUCUGGGCAGUUGGUUAACGUACCAUAGCGACAUCAAUAGUUUGCUCAACCAAUCGAACCAGCUGCAAAACCAAAUCCUGAACAGUGGUUCGGCGGUGCACAGUGGUUACGCGGCGGGCGAUCUCGAUGCGUCCCUGUCGAAUACGCUGCUCUCGCUGAUGAUGGACACACCGACGUCCCGAUGCACGGAGGUGCGUACGCUGGACGCGAUCGGACCGAACCCGCUGGCCGAAGCGGACGGUAUGUCCGGGCGCAGCAUCAUCCAUUCGAUACUGACGCGUCGGUUAGGCCUGAUCGUGGGCUGCUGUCUCGGCAUCGUCGUCUUCAUCGUGCUCAUCUCCGUGCUUGGCUGGCUGAAGAUUAAGAAGCAGCGGCUGGAAGCGGCCAAACGCCAGCAGCAACCGCACCAGCCCGAGUUCAUCUCGUACCGGCACUUUUCGAUCCCGAACGAUGAGCAUGGGCGGGACGGGGUGGCCGGUGCGAUAAGUGCCGGAAGCGGUAGCGGUGGUGGUGGUGGCGUCGCAUUGCUCGAUGGGCAUCCGUCGUUCAUUUCCGGUGCCGUGCUGGGUACCACCACGACCAUGAACGGUGGCGGACCGGACGAACACAAGAAGCUAUUCCUUACCGACAGUUGAAACGUGCGCCGGACGGAUGGUGUUGAGGCUUCCCUUUCCACGCUGGAUCUGGUCAAUUACAGCUAAGCGGCGGCGCCGGAACCGGGAUGCUUCGGUAUGGUUUUCUAACACAAACAAAAGAAGGAAGAAAAAAAGUAAUGAAAAGAGCAACCAAAUAUGCGAACGAAACUGAAUAGUAAUAAUCAAAAAUUAUAGCAUCAUAGCGCGAAAAUCAUGACGAGCAAAAUGGACAAACAACGGUGGGUGGUGGGAGUGUUAAAUCGGUGAGUCAGUAAUCAGUAGAAGGACCGAUGUAUCAAACAUUGAACAGGGGUUAUCCCACUGUUGUAUAGUUGGGGGAACCAUUUUUCCUCGGGUUGUUACGUAAUGAGUUAGCGAAUGUUUUCAUAAUUGGUAAGAAGAAAGAGAAUUACUUUUGAAAAAAAAAUCUUUUUGGGCAAAUGAAAAAUGUUGAACUUCGUAGAACGCUUCACAUAGUUUGUAUUAGAAAGAGGGUGCAAUAAAAUUGCAUUCGCUUUUUUAAUACUCUUCUAAUGUGUCUACAUAAAUUAUUAAGCUUUUAUGUUAUGCCCAUUGCAUACUUAUAGGCGCGUUCUGUUGAAAAAAAUAAGCAAAAUGAAUGGAAAACAAUUUCGCUUUGCACUUUAAAGAAUGCAAUUAAAAGGUUACGUUUCGUUUGCCUCAUCUGUUAAGCAAUAGCGAUGAGCGAUAUUGAAACUGAUAGCGUUUUUAAAUUAAAUUAUCUACUUCCGUUUGCUAAUAAUGUUGUUCAUGAUCGUUACGAAAGGUUCGCUACAAAAGUUUUCGAUAAAAAGAAGAGGAAAAAAAGAAGAGUGGAAAAUGUUGACCAAACUUGUUCUGCGUAACUGAGAAACAGUGUCUGUCUGUGCCCUUUCCGCUGUUUAAGAAAUGAAACAAAAGCAAACAGGAUAGCAGCCGGGGCAAAUGUGUUUUUUUUUCAGCAAAAUACUAAUUUUGUAAAUAUUUUGUAGAUUACAAGAUUACUGAGCUUUACCACGAUGCAUGCAGUUGCAUCGAAUGAGAUUGAUAAGAUGAAUGGGAUGGUCAAUGCCCUACGUUGUAUUGAAUAAGAAGCGUUCUUACUACAGAAUUAUGUCAAUGGUGUUGGCAUGUUUCCUCGCAUUAAGGACAAGAAAUGGAGCAAAACGAUAGCAACGAAUGCGGAUCAUUGUCAGCAGUGUUUUCAGGUGUUUGAAGAAGAACGAAAGGAAACUAUUUUAAUGUACGAAUCAAAUGUUUUUUUUUUAAUUAUUAUUAUUUUCAUUUAUUUAUUGUACUUCUGACAUUUUAGAUAAUAAAACUGAAAAUAUCAUUUCAUCAUCAUUGUUAAUUUAUUCUUUAUUUUCAUUUCCAACCAUCGGUAUCAUUCUUUCCUUUCUGGCGAACGCAAAUUCCAGCGCAAAAAUCGACAAAAAAGUGGGUUUUAGCGGGUAAGGAAGGGUUAAACAAAUACGAGCUUUUGUGUUGAAUUCGACAGUAUUAUUUCGAUUUUAAUUUUACUGUCGCAUUCUUUGCUUUUAGCUUCAACUUUUUUGGGGUAAAUUUGUACGGCAAGAUUCGUGAUAGAAAGUAGAAGGAAAAAAACCCCUUGCGGUGCGCGAUUCUUUGCUGCUAUUUUAAGAGUUUUCUUUUAGUUCAUUUUUACUCACGAUGUAGGGUAAAAAAUACUCAAUUGACGGUAUAUACCCACCCCCAGUUCAAGGUGUGGUUGAGUGAUUCUAUUUUUGCUUUGUUCUCAGAACGUAGCAAAGUACAAUCGAUCGUGAAUUCGAUAGCAGUCUCGCUGGAGAAAGGCGAGAAAACCAUUCUUCACUUGCCUGCUGUUUUUGGAAAGGGACAUUCUUUGCUUCUGUCCUCUGUUUCGCCGAAUUUCGCGUGUCAUGUACAAAGCACCGUAUUGCCGCGCUUGUUCGCUAUUAUUUAUGUUAGUUUAUCAUCAUCGAUGAGCUCUGUAUCGAGCUCGGUAUGUUUUCUGUUGCGUGUACGUCCAGCAACAGUGUGAAGGAAAAUAAUUCGCACAGUGGAAGACAUUUUUGCCCAUCAUUAUCCGGUAACGGAUUGUUUGCGAUUUAGGCGAAGUGUGUUAGAAAGAAUGUUUAUCGUGUUUUGUCGUGAGUGGGGUCUCGAUGGGGAUUCGUAAGGCAUUUUACGAACCCUUGAGUGGUUGUGGCUUCAAUUUUUAUUUUCUUUCCCGAACAAUCAAUAUAAAAGAAUGAAUUGUUUGAUAGCCAGUGAACCAGAAUGCGAUAAUGUACGAGUGUAUAUGGUUCGAGGGUAUUAUUUCUUACAUGAAAUAUACUUUUUUUGAACUACUUUUCAAGUGCUUUAACGUGCUCUUGAAGCUUAUGUAGAAAUAUUUUAUUUUAAAGGACAUUUUUUAAAGGAAUUUUUAUAAAAGAUUGAUUUGGAUUUAAAGCAGUUCUUUUUCUGUUUUAAUAAGGUUUAUGCUUUAAGCAUGCAAUCUGAUAAAAUUGUUUGCAAACCGUUGCUAGGAUAUAAUUAAAUUAACAAAAAAAAAUCAUUAGAACAUUAGGCAAAAAAAAAACAAAUUUUGGUGCUAGCUAGUUAAAGAUUGGAUCGAUUGCUUUUCUUUUUCAUUCUCUAAACACGUUGGUAGGGUUGGUUAAAACAAAAGCAUUGCCGUAAGAAGGUAAUAAGAGGAUUGAAAUUAAAUUUGGAAAUAUAAAAAAAAAUAUUUAAAACAAAAAGAUAUUUUAAAAUCAAUAAUAUUCAUAAAACGAUAAAAUAUUUUAUUAUUUUCAUAAUUAUUAUUUUUUUGGCUUAGUAAUUUGAUAACUUUAAAUUAUUUCUUUUAAGUUAUAAGUUUGGAAAUUAUAUAAGCGUACAUUCGUUGUCAACCAAAAUCAAAAACAGAAACACACAACACUACUACUAGUUCCAGCAAAAGGUCCAGAACGAGGUAUCACUAAUGUAUAGGCGAAUGGAAAAGUGAUAAUCUUCAAAUGGACGUAUUUAGCACAGAACACAAACAGAAGAAAUAGUAAGUAAAACAAAAUAAAUAAAAGAAAAUGAAAUAAUGCGAAGAGAGUAAUACCGAGAGAGAUAAAAAGAGAGAGAGAUAAAAAUGAGAAGAUAAUACAUAGCAAAAUUAAUGUUUAUUAUCUGGAUUUUUAUUUCUAUUUAAAAAAAAAAGAAUCAAAACCAAAAAAUCAAAACAAACCCACAUGAUGUCACAAACACACUUUUCCAAUAGUUGUAUAUAAAUGAGCAGAUUUGCAUUGGGCUGCAUCGGUGUGGUAAUGCUGUGCGAUGCAAACGGGAACGUUUUAUUUAUGUUGAAAUAAGCGAUAAAUGGAGAAGAUUUUACAAACUAUAGCCGAUGAAGUUAUUAAGCUGUUACAGUUGUGUAGCUUCAUGGUAAGCCCUAGGUUAAUGUGCAGCCGCCAGCAGCCAGCAAAAAAAACCGAUGUCCGAAAUGUUCGAAUUUCUUAGUUUAUAGUGAAUCGGGUUUGGAACUAAUCAAAUGUAUCUCACUGAACGAUAAGAAACCAAAUCAAACACAACCAAGCCUAAUACUAAACCUAGACCACGGACACUAGUGUGGACGGAAUGCUGAGAAACUGAUCCAAAACCACACUGUACGCAAACUCAUGAACCAAAUGAAAAUCAAUAUAAACCACUAAACACUAAACGGUAAGUUUGUGCUGCAGCCGUACGAAUGGAGAAGGCCGCUAAGAUAAAAAUGAGUGCGAUAGAACAUUGUUUUUACUACUGCGACGAUGGCUUCCAAAUGCAGACGAUGGCAGUGCUGUUUCCAGAUUAGGCCAAACACUGACAUGAGUAAUUUAAAGUUUAGAGAAUCCAUUCCAUCCCAGCAUCCCGAAAAUAAAAAAAGGUAGCGAGAGUGAGAAAUGAAAAGUUUCGAAAACGAGUGAAAAUAAAGGUGAGGCGUGGAAAAAGUGGAAAAAGAAAUAAAGAUAAAUGAGAAAGAACACAAGUCGAUAGGGUUGAAUGAUUGAAACAAACAAAAAAAGCAAACAGAUAGGAAGAGGAAAAUGAAUAGGAGUAAUAAGAACAAAACAAAAGUUAGCAAAUAAAAUUGUAUUUAUUCUGAUUUUGUGUUUUAACUGAGGUUAUCACUGGCACACGGAAAAGUGAAUGUCUGUGUAAAUGUGUCAGAGUUCCGAAGGGGAUGAACGAUACAUAAGACAAAGAAAACGCGAUGGUAAGCAACAUUUAAAAAUCACUGAUUUACCACAAAACCCGAUGGCGUACGUACUAAAAAAAACACACACAACGACAUAAAAAAAACCCGUUGAACAAUGCCUGUAUGAGCGUGUAUGAGUGUAUGCGUGUAUGUGUGUGUGUGCGCGUUUGAUUGAUUGCAUAUUUGUGUAUGGGUGGUGCGUGUUCGAACACUAUUACAGGUAGGAUUGAAAGGAUGCGGUGAGCAAUUACGAAAUAUUAAGAAUUUAAAUUCGAUUGUAAGUAGCCAGCGAGAUUUAUGAAAAUGGAAUAAUUACGAUCACCUACUGGUGGAAUGGCAGUGGUUUGCAGUGUGUGAUGGUGUGUCAGGGGUAUGUCAAACUAAGCCGGUGGAAAGAGCGGGGAGUUGAAAACUGAUGAUCCUAAAACACAAUAAAAAUUCAUAAACGGAAUAAUAUUGGUGAAA